AUGAUCGAAAAGGAUCAAAAUCACCUUAUAACUAAUAGCGGCGAAUGGGUUCAGUCGCGUGAAAUACUGGCAGCAACAGAAGGGUUACUCGAUACGGCUACACCUCAGGGAUCAACAUCCACUGAUACUGGGUAUAGCUUCACCGAGACUAAAGAAAAGCGAGUGGCGAAUGCUUUUAUGCGUUAUCGCAGUGCUCAUGCAAGAAAGCUUCAUUCUUUAUUCCCUGAGUAUACCCCAGGCGACAUAUCCAAGUUCCUAGGAGCGGUGUGGAGAAUAGUUCCCAAAGACGUGAAAGACAAGUACCAGCAGCAAUGGAAAGAUUCACGAGAGGAACAAGUUGAGAGGUUUCCUGAUUACAACCACAAUAGCUGGAAGAAGAACAGGCAGCAGCAGCAUACAUCUUUAGAGGCGUCGUAUCUCGAUUCGGGUGCGUUUGACGUUUGGCAUAACUUUGACAUCGAUAGCAGCCUAUUCGAUCCUUCUCUCGGUUCUUUGCCUAGCUACAACUCAGCUAUGCCUACUCAAGACCCUAACAUGGAUAUAAAUGAGUUGAUCAACAGGCUUAACGCUUCCGCCCAAACCACGACAACAAACGAAUUCACUGGUCCUGUUAUGCCACCUCACCAUCCUGCAGCUACAGCAGCUAAUCCUAACUCCGAUAUCGAGGACUGGCAAGCACUCUGCAACUUUAUAACAGGACCUUACUCUGAAAUCGACACUGCCAGUAGUUUUCCGUGGCCCGCUGUCGAUAAUGCCACCUCACUCAUGACACCGUGCUCAGAUAGUACCAAUUCAAAUGCAAAUACUUUAGCAUCAUUUCCCGAUUUUCCUGAUUUUAAUAUUACCAAUCCUCAAGAUAUCGAUGCCUGUAACCAUAGCAACAAUGUCCAUUAUUCACACCGAUAA